AAACAAGUGGUCACGUGUUUUAAUGCGGAAGUUCCAGCAGUGUGUUUGAGCACAAAUCAAGAUGGCAGCGCACCCGGGAGGAGGCGGACUGGGCGAUGCCAAGGAGCAAAUAUUGGAACUCGGAACCGUCUUGUUAAAGGAUUUCAUUUUCGAGCGAGUCCGCCGGCACGGAGAUAACAGCACCUUGGUGACCCGGGACCAGUUGGGUGGAGGCCAGAUAUGUGACCCCAACCAUAAAAAGCUGGCCGAGUGCCUGCAGAAGAUUGGAGACGAGCUGGAUGGCAACGCUGAGCUCCAACGAAUGAUCAACUGCCCUUCGCUGAGACCCUCAAAGGAGGUGUUUUUGAAGGUGGCCGUCGAGCUCUUCUCCGACGGAAAGUUCAGCUGGGGCCGAGUGGUCACUCUCUUUUACCUGGCCUGUCGACUCGUCAUCAAGGCGCUCAUGAAUCAAGUUCCUGACAUCAUCAGAACCAUCAUCAGCUUUGCUAUCGAAUACUUCCGUGACCACUUUGUCAAUUGGAUCUGGGAGCAAGGAGGCUGGGAGAGCAUUGGCUCUUAUUUUGGUACUCCGACAUGGCAAACGGUGGCCGUGUUCACGGCGGGGGUCAUAGCCACGAUCCUCGUGACUCGCCAAAUGGGAGGAACGCACUCGUAGGGCGAAAGAAGGCCAAGGAGAACAAAGAACUUGCAUGAGAACUUUUUGUAAGGACCGUGGCGCCGUUGUAGCCUCCAUCCUUCCACCCUUCUACCCCAGUGUCAUGUGAGCCGGUUGCACUAAAGGCUGUUUUUGGGGAGGCACACACAUGCGCCUGAGCGAGGGAAUGCGUUUUAAAUAAUUUAUUUUUUACCUUAUUUGGUACAAAAAAGAAAAAACUCACUGUAUUUUGGUUUUCUGCUGUCAUUUGGAGGUGGUUUUCACCUUUUCAUCCAGAAAGUAUGCAUCUUAUGCGAUUCGUCAAUGUGCAGUGACUUUCAAGUCAAUAUUGACUUCUUUCUUUAUUUAGGAGACCAACAAUACUUGUCAGCUAGAUUUAAAAAAAAAAAAGUUGGCCACUGUUUCUAUCCUGUUUUGUUUAACUUCUGUAUCCAAAGCAAUAUGUGGACAAGUCACAUGGUUACUCGAGCCGUUCUGUUGUCUUCUUAAAUGGAGUCUGCAUUUGUAAUCUAGUCACACUCUGGACCAGCAUUUGUUAUAAAUUGCGCGUGUGUCUGGUCACAAAUCAAGGUUUGGCGUACCUCACUUGUUUGAAUACUUUAUUCUGAAAAAGUAAUUCAAAAAUCAGUUUUGUCUACACAGCAAAAAAAAAAAAAAAAAAAAAGAUUUGUUGUUUGUCAGUGCCUUGGUCUUGUUUUUUUUAUAUACUGAAAUUUUCACCUUUUCUAUUACCUUUCUAGAAGUUUCAAAUCAAGCCC